AUGGCUGAUAGUGAAGGUGAUCCACCACUACCUGGAGUAGACACUCAUUUCAGGCCGAUGAUCUUUAGGAUCCCAUCUCCAAUUGUUACACCGGUUUUAAAUGGGAGAAUAUUUGAAAUCCGGCCUCACACCAUUGGGAAACAAGGCUUUACACCUGAAGAGGAUGAAAUGCAAAGAACUUUUCUUGAGGAAUACUAUUCGAUUAGUAAAAUUAGUGAAGCUCGAAAUGCUAUCAAAUCUUUUAGUCAACAUGUUGGGGAAACAUUUCAUGAAGCCUUCAAACGUUUUAAUGAAAUGCUUAGAAUGUGUCCUCAUCAUGACAUCCCUAAAUGGGAUUUGGUCAAAAAGUUUUAUGAUGGUUUAGUUACCGAGGAUCAAAAAGUUGUCUUUGCAUGUAGUGGUGGAACCUUUUUAACUCAUGAUGAGAAUUGUGAAUGGAACUUUUUAGAAACUUUAAGUAAAAGUUCAAAAACUCAAGCUUUCGCUGAUCGAAGUGUUAAACCACAUCAAAUUAUUGUAAAUAACCAACCUAGUAAUGAAAGGUUUGAUGCAUUAGAAAAGAAAAUUGAUAUGAUUUGCCAAAAGUUGGGAAAGGAUGUUUCUCUUGUUUCGCAGGUACAAGCGUUAUGUGAAAUAUGUGGAGAUAUGGGGCAUGUUGCUUUCGAUUGCCCUAUGAAUUUUGGAAGUAGUGAAGAAGUUAAUCAAGUAUACGAGGAAAGGAAGUCUUAUGAUAUGAAUUCUAACACGUAUCAUCCCGGAUUGCGGAAUCAUCCAAAUUUUCAAUACGACAACCCCGCGAAUCAAAUGAAUCCUAACUUUCAAGGAUCAAGCCAACAAGGUGGACAACAACAAUUUCAGCCCCGUCAAAUAAAAUUUCAAGGUCAAAGUCAAAAUCAAGGCCAAGCAAGUUCAUCACAAGGAAAUGCAACCAUUGAAGGUUCAACCAAGUUAGAUGAGAUUUUAGGAAUUUUGAAAGGGGUGGUGCAAGAACAAGAAGUUCAAGGUAAGACCGUGGGAUCUCUAACCCAACAAGUUGGUCAACUAGCAGAAGAAGUGGCUAUAAGACAACAGGGAAAGCUUCCAAGUGACACAACAAUCAACCCACAAUAUUAA